CGAUCGCGUGCUGAAGAACCGAGGGCUUUCGCAGAAAAGGGCCAGUAUUGUGAGAGAAAAACAAAAACUGAAACCGCGAAGAAAGCUAAACAACCGAAAAUGAGGCCUCCGACGCAUUUUGGUAAUGAUAUUACCAACACCGAAUCGAACGGUGAUGAGCAGAACAACAACAACAACAACAACGGCAAUGGUGGAAACAAUGGAGGCAACAAUGGUAAUACGGGCGGAAGCAAUAUCGUCGAGCGGUUGACGCAGAUGGGGGCCACAAUUAACUUCCCCAUUAUUACGGGCCGCGGUAUCAUACGUGUCGUUGAGCGGUGUGACGAUGCGAAGGAGAACAACAAUCUAGAUCUCUCGGAAUGUGAGCUGAUCCAGGUGCCGGAUGCUGUCUACCAUCUGAUGAGGCACACCGAGCUGAAGACGUGCGAUUUGAGCGGCAACGUAAUAACUAAAAUUUCUCCCAAAUUCGCUGUCAAGUUCAACCUUAUCACCGAUCUCAACUUGUCGCACAACCAGAUGGCCAAGCUGCCUGACGAGCUGGCUGACUUGCAGUCGCUGCAAAUGCUGGACAUUUCGCACAACACCUUCAUCACACUGCCCGCCGUCGUAUUCAAGAUGCCAAAGCUGCGCGAACUGAAGGCGAACAAUAAUGCGAUCAUCGACAUCGAUGGAGACGAAAUUAUCACGUCCGAGUCGCUGGAGGUGGUUGACCUGCGGCACAACCCGCUCACGCCAAUGUGCCACGACUUGCUCAAGCGGGCUGUCGUUUCGUUUCGAAUCGAGCUGUCGGAGCGGGAGAAGGAGGAUUGGGAGGAUUUGACUAUUUGAAAAGUCGCUUCGACGGGGUGUUGUAUGGGAAUUCAAGCGCUUUUCCUGCCUUCAAAACUAGCUUUAGCCGCUAAUCGUGCAUACGAAACGUGUGCAUCCGCAGAGAACGUUCGGUGCUUAGCAAUCAUCGUGGUAUUACUAUCUAUUCUGUGAGAACUUUGAGGGUAGUCAGAACACUUCCGGCUGUAUGUACUUAUGGCAAUAGUGGAGAAACACUGCACCACGAGGCCAAGCAUAACUCCGCGUUGUGCUCGGACGCAGCUCGAUUCAUGCGUUACUAACCCGCCCCACUCUCUCCCAUACGUAUUGUGUAUCGAUCUUAAGAACAAAUGUAUUAUACAAUAUUUACAAAUUAACCAUCCACUAGCGAGUAAGCAAACGAUUACGGAUUCCUUCUGCUCGCGAUCCCAUUCCGCCAGGAAGUGUCCUCGUGUUGGCACGCGCUGUUGAUUUGAUAGAGAUUUCACGAGUGCAUCGAGUGCCGUGCGUCCGGUAUAAAACUGUUGCAUUCUAGGAAGAGAUUUUGAUCUAGUCAUUAGUUCACUUCAGUCAGCUUGCAGAAAUCCUCGCACCACGUGCUCUAUCGCUUGGCUGUGUGUUACCGUUAAAGCGAUGAGCACGAAGGACGAACGAUUUGGCUGUGGGUGAUAGCAGAAAUUGAUCAAAUAUUUUCUCGAACCGUGGCGCGCUUAGUAUCAUCUCAGAAAAAUGUGGAUUGCAGACAGAAACGUGAUCUACCCCGUUAGGAAAAAGGGGAAAACGUGACGCGAGAAGGACAUCCCGAAAUGCGAUAGGUUGUAACGUAUGACCAUGGUGGUCAUAAUGAGUGAUAUUAAAUAAGUCAAUUCGUGUUUACGUAAAUUCACUUUCUAGAUAAAAGAAGGAUGCGUGACGGAAGUCAUGGCUGUCUUUUUAUAUCGUUUUGAGAUUGAAACGCGAUCAAUUAGAAUUAAAAAAGGGAAUUGAAAUUCGUGCGCCCCAGUGCUGUUGAUAGCCAAAAAGGAACGGGUAUGUGACCCUUUUCAACCCGGAAAAGUGCUCACAUUUACUACACCUUACGAACGUCAGCCGUUCCUGCCAAUACGUCAUCGGAUCAAAAUGUGCAAUAACUAUGGCGUGCGUAAAUUGUGCGAACAUGGAAUGAUAAAAAAAGGAAUAAAUUUUUUGCUUUGAUAUAAAACAAACAACUUGGGCUCGGUGUAUUAUCUCCAACUCACGUAGGGUGGGUAAAAAAGAACGCGAGAAGCAAGUCAACUGUUUAACUAAACUAAAAACUUUAUUUGUUUGCUUGCUGCCACCAUAAAACGAUCCACUGUGGGGAAAACGGUUGUAGGCUCUAGCGAGUGUAAAUAAUACGACGGUAGUAGUUUUUGCAAGUAAAUA